AUGGAGAAAAACCAUCUCACACUGGUGCAUGAGUUCAUUCUGAAGGGCAUCACGUCGUGCCCUGAGCUGCAGACUCCACUGUUUGGGCUGUUCCUCAUCAUCUACCUGAUCACAGUGCUGGGCAACUUGGGCAUGAUCAUCCUCACCAAGGUGGACCACAGCCUGCAAACACCCAUGUACUUUUUUCUCAGAAACCUGGCUCUCACCGAUCUUGGUUAUUCUACAGCUGUGGGUCCCAAAAUGUUGGUGAACUUUGUUGCAGAAAAAAAUACAAUUUCCUAUUAUUUGUGUGCUACCCAGCUGACUUUCUUUCUCUUCUUCAUUGGAGGUGAACUGUUUAUUCUGUCUGCCAUGUCCUAUGAUCGCUAUGUGGCCAUCUGUAACCCUCUCCUCUACACUGUUGUCAUGUCACAGAGGGUGUGUCAGGCCCUGGUGGCAAUCCCUUAUCUCUACUGCUCAUUUGUGUCUCUUCUAGUCACCCUAAAGAUUUUUAGUUUAUCCUUCUGUGGCUACAAUAUCAUCAAUCUUUUCUACUGUGACUGUGUCCCCUUGAUAUCUUUGCUGUGUUCAGAUACUCAUGAUGUUGAACUAAUAAUCAUGACCUUUGCAGCUUUUGAUUUGAUGUCCUCUCUUCUCUUUGUCCUUGUGUCCUACCUGCUCAUCCUCAUAGCCAUUCUCAGAAUGAAUUCAGCUGAGGGCAGGCGCAAGGCUUUCUCCACCUGCGGAUCCCACUUGACAGUGGUCAUAGUGUUCUAUGGGACUUUGAUAUUUAUGUACGUACAGCCCAAGUCCAGUCAUUCCUCUGAAAAUGAUAAAGUAUCUUCCAUAUUUUACACACUUGUCAUCCCCAUGCUGAAUCCCUUGAUCUAUAGCUUGAGGAACAAAGACGUAAAACAUGCCAUACAAAGCACAUGGAAAAAGAUAAGCUAUGUUAUUUCUUAA